CAGGGUAUUCCGAAUGAGUAGCUGUCCUUUAUUUUCCCUCACAUGCCGUAUAAAUGUACAAAAGCAAUCACCAGGUGUAAGCAGGGUGUUCCGAAUGAGUAGCUGUCCUUUAUUUUCCCUCACAUGCCGUAUAAAUGUACAAAAGCAAGCACCACGUGUAAUCAGGGUAUUCCGAAUGAGUAGCUGUCCUUUAUUUUCCCUCACAUGCCGUAUAAAUGUACUAAAGCAAGCACCUGGUGUAAUCAGGGUAUUCUGAAUGAGUAGCUCUCCUUUAUUUUCCCUCACAUGCCGUAUAAAUGUACAAAAGCAAGCACCAGGUGUAAUCAGGGUAUUCCGAAUGAGUAGCUGUCCUUUAUUUUCCCUCACAUGCCGUAUAAUUGUACAAAAGCAAUCACCAGGUAUCAGGGUAUUCCUAAUGAGUAGCUGUCCUUUAUUUUCCCUCACAUGCCGUAUAAAUGUACAAAAGCAAUCACCAGGUGUAAUCAGGGUAUUCCGAAUGAGUAGAUGUCCUUUAUUUUCCCUCACAUGCCGUAUAAAUGUACAAAAGCAAUCACCAGGUGUAAUCAGGGUAUUCCGAAUGAGUAGCUGUCCUUUAUUUUCCCUCACAUGCCGUAUAAUGUACAAAAGCAAUCACCAGGUGUAAUCAGGGUAUUCCGAAUGAGUAGAUGUCCUUUAUUUUCCCUCACAUGCCGUAUAAAUGUACAAAAGCAAUCACCAGGUGUAAGCAGGGUAUUCCGAAUGAGUAGAUGUCCUUUAUUAUCCUUCACAUGCCGUAUAAAUGAAUACCGUGCGUAUUUGCUGCCGCCGCGGUUUACACGUGUGUACGCUACUGGGUUUUGUCCUGUUGGCUGUAGCUGCUUGCUGUGUUGCUUGUGUACCCUGUGUUCACCUUGUUGCUAUACUCCCCUGAUCAUUCUCGCGCUGAUCCAGGUUUUUUUUGCCCUGUUUAAGCCGUUUUUUGUCCGCUGUGUUCUAGGAGUUACUACAAUAGUGGCUUCUAAAUGGGAGUCAUAUGUAUGCCACGUGAUUUUGCCUGGAAUGCACUAAGCAUCCCCCCCUACCUCCACCC